GACAUGAGACUUUAAGACUAUUUCCUCUUAAAUCGUCUGACAGGCUCCCUCCUCCCGACACUCUUUUACACCGCAUUCUUUCUCCACUAUGGUCCACCACCACGCGCGUAUCAUCCACAACAAACGGCAGGAUGUCCCGGCAGCACCCACUGCUCUCGGCCUGACCGCUGCAUCCGUGGCAGUCAAUACAGCUGCAAUCACACAAGAGUCGCUCGCCAUCGACACCAACGCCGUCACUAAUGCUGGUCAAGCGACCGCCGUCGUUGCAUUCUCUGCUGCAGCUACUGCCACGACCUCUGUACUAGCUGUACCAACCGUAGCCGCGGAUCCUGCAAAUGCCACCGCCCAGCCGAGCGCCGCGGCAGGCGCUUCGAAAUCCGACAUCUCCAUUGGCACCGUCAUCGGUGCCUGUGUCGGUGCUCUUCUAGGAGCAAUUAUCAUUGUUCUGCUCGGUCUCUGGCUCUUCCGUCGCGGGAGCCAGGUGCCGGUACGACGCCCCUCGAAUGCGCACAAAGGCGACAAGGAGCGUGCCUGGGCUAAGAUGGAGGACAGCCACGACGACGACAAGUGGGAAGGCAAAGACGAGGGUGUGCAGAGCAAAUACCAGAAGAACGGCGUCGUCAGUGUGCCGCCUAUGGAGAAACUCACCAUGUUCAAGAAGGGCACCCCGAGUAUGUGGACGAAUUACACCACAUUUCCCGAGCCUCCCGCGGCUCAGUUCGACCAUCCGUUCGCUGCGUACCACCCCAAUCUCGCCAAGGACAUGGCUCAAGCGGAUUCGCAACUGCCGGCUUCGCCCCAACCUUUCCUCCCGCGAGUGGAAGUUCCUUCUAUCUCCUGGGAUGGCGACACGGUCGCCCAUGACUCCUUCCUGUCUCUCAAAUCCAACUCGAGUCCUCCCAUGUCUGCCAGCGCUGAUUUUGCUAUCCCGACGCCUCAAUUGACGUCUUCGGAACCGCAUCUUUGGCAUUCUGUGGAGAUCGAGGAUUUCGAUACCCGGGAUCCAGCGCGCGCAUCCUCGAUUGCGGAACCGAUACUCCGUCGGAAGAGCCUCAACAACCCGUUCUUUGGCGCAAGCGAGCGGGUGUCCAUGCAGUCAGCGCGGUCUCGCACGCCGUCCCUUUCCCGAGCGAACCAUAGUGUCCCCGAUCCAGUGCCCGUGGCGAUGCCGGCUAUCCCGGCAUCAGCCUGGACGCGAGAGGAGAAGGGCAAAUAUCGCGUCUCCACGCCACCAAGCCCGACCAGCAGUGUCGGGACCAUCCGUGCUUUGCCGCAUCGCGAGUCGGAGAAUCCCUUCAGUGAUCCGAGUGACGAGUUUGUCGCUCCGAUGAUUCGACUGCCGUUUGCCAAGCCCGAGCACCACUCGCAAGCGUCGCAGGACCAUGCGCUGGCGUCGCUGAUCGCUGCAUUGGGGCCGUCCGCGAGCGCUGACGAUGUGCAGGAGCGUUUGCGGGUCAGCAUGCAGCCUUCGAUCGCCAGUGUGUCGAGCUACACCGACGGCGACAACGAAACCUUGCAUCAGUCCUGGCCCGUUCCACCCAACCAACAUUGAGCUAGCCUCUGCCGUCUGCCUUUCUUCCGACAUCUUGCCCGUCCCUCUUGUUAACUGCCGCUGAUGCUCUAUUACCCUACAACCAAGCUCGCGGUCUUUCUUCGCUUCCCGUGCUCUCUAGGCAUGUGUUAUUCGCCUUGCCUCGAGCCCACACAGUCGGAGCCCCGGGCACCUUCCGACCUUUUUACUUUGUCAUCUAUCUCAACCUCUCGUGAUGACGUUGAACGUUGAACUCGAAUCGUACCCGCUAUCUUGUUUUCGCCUACGUAGCAGAACUUGUACACUAGCAAGUAGUAGAUAAUCUUUGCAGCACAUGGUUUGCAGAACCCAUCCACCAUCAGUCGCUCGCUCCUCCAUCACGCCUGUGACCAGGCUUCCUCAGUCCGAUGAGCAUGCCCGGCCCGGAUGUCGUCGAAUGGGAGAAUCGCUACGUUGCGGACGACUACCCGCACUCCUCGUCCCUAUGCGUACUCUGUUGGCUGCGUUUGCCCUCUUCUUCUGCGGAGCCUUGGCUGGCGCUCCGAAAAACCUGACCAUCCAUGGACCUGCUUCGCUUCCUGCCAAUGCGUCCGGAAUCUUGCACCCCGCUUUGGCCAGCUUCAGCAUCGAGACGGCCUUCUUCAUCGAGUACCUGGGCAACACGUCCGCGCCCAACACGCUCACGAUCAACCUGCUCGAGAAUCUCAAGGCGCGGACGGGCGUGCCGGCGCAGAUCCGCAUCGGCGGGAUCACGGCGGACUCGACGUACUGGGACGCGUCGCUGGAGCCGGCGAUCUUCAAUUUCAUUGGCAGCACCGGGACGCUGUUCAACACGACGAUCGGGCCUCGGUUCUGGGACGCCGCGCGGACGUUGCUUCCUGAGGGCACCCAGAUCAUCGUGAAUCUCGAUCUGCACGACUUUGCGUACUCCGGAGCGCUUGCGGUCGCGGAGUCUGCGAUGACGGGGCUCAGUCCCGGGCAACUACUUCAUUCGAGAUCGGCAAUGAACCAGACCACUACAGCCCUCUACUCUCUGCGGCGGCCUACACGGCCGUUUGGGAGCCAUGGUCCAAGAACAUUUCGCAAGUCUUGGGAUUUUCUACCCCAUGUUCCAGGUGGGUGCCACUGCCGAAGAUCCGCUCUGGCCGUACGGGAGUGCGACGGCGAAUGCCCAGCUCGAUUGUGUGAGUGCCUUGAAGGCGCGCUCCGACGCAGCUGGGACGGUGCAAUCUUGCAGCGAGCACACUUACCAAUACAGUGUCUGCGACCCUGUCCGAACAGCAGUAGCGACUUUGCCCAACUUGGUUAACCAUACCCGGCUCGCAAUGUAGGACGCUUGAAAGAGUGGUGCUUUCUCGCCGGCUGAUCGCGCAACAGGUAUCUUGACUUGUGGCAGCCGCGCAUCGAAUCAGUCCGGGCCCAGCUUGGCCCAGAUGCCUUCACCAUCGGGGAAUACAACUCGGUCUCCUGCUCCGGAAAGGACGGCGUUUCCAACACGUUUGGUCAAGCAUUGUGGCUGCUCGAUACGACGUUGUACGCUGCGUCGAUCAAUGUGUCCCGGUUGUACAUCCAUCAAGGCGGCCCUCUGGCGCUGCAGUCGGCAACUCAGCUCAAUCACGGCGGCCUGUCGCGCUACAAUCUAUGGUAUCCGGAAGACGCUGCGAAUGGGGAGAAACAGGUCUUCCCGUCGUACUCUGCCUAUCUAUUUGUGGCCGAGGCACUUGGGACAUCCAAAACGCUGAGGGUUCCAACAUCUAUCCCGGGCGCCAGUCAAACGGAUCCACGAUCACUCCUGCGGAAGGAGACGUCAGCGCCGGACAAAGCGUCGUAUACGGCUUCUGGGAAGAAUCGAGCCACGCGUUCCCCACGAAACUGGCACUGCUCAAUCUCCAGGCAUUCAACCAGUCGGAGACAGGGUCUCGCCCGACCACCGUAUUCGAUAUUUCGGCGUACUUGCCACCGAAAACAAAGACGGUCUCGGUCAAGAGGCUCCAGGCCCCGGGUGCGGACAUCAAAUUUGGAAAUUUGACGACAUGGGCCGGGCAGACUUUCGCUCUCGAUUCAGAUGGGCUUGCCCAGGGCAAAUUGAGAGUGGACACUAUCCGCGGCGGGAAGAUUGAGGUCGAGGCAUCUGGAGCAGCGUUGAUUACCUGGUAGUGUUUUUCACAAGAUUCAUCUAGGAUAGUAUAUGGCAAGCAUU